GCUUUACCCACUUUAUUUCAAUUAAUCAUAAACCCAACCAUGAAACUAUUGAGGCAAUUUGGGAACGAUGUGGGGCAAUUCACUUCAAGCGUAAUCAACAAGGUGCUGACCUUGGGCUAAUUAUCAAACAUCGCACUACAUCACAGUUUGGGGCCAUUGUAUUUCAGGUCAAGAACUGGGCAAAUCCACCAAGCCAAACACAAGAAGAACAAGCUACUGGACCCUUACUUCGGGCAAAGGUCAUAUUUGAUGAGGAUUGUGCAGCUUCUAUAGAAGCCAACUAUCUUGGUGUCUAUUUACAUGUGGGAAAAGCAUAUACAGAAACUGCUGUUGAUAUCAAAGCAAAAUAUUAUGACAAGACUGCAAAAAGAAAGACAUUGAAACAUUCUGUAAUGAGGGGUAAUUCCAACUGGCUCAUUGUCCAUGGUCUGGCAUCUUUCAAUCUCUCAGAUGAGUAUCAGACUGUCUUUAAGAAUCUCAUUUGUGCAUGGAAUGACCCACUUACAGUAUGUGCUGGGGAUGAAACUGAAUUGUUGUAUCAAAUGCUUCCUUGUGUCUAUGGGCCACCUAAAAAGAGGUAA